ACUAACUCUGACCGCAACGAAUUUUUUAUUUUUUUAUUUCUUUGUUGUCAUAGAAACAGUAUCAUGUAAACAUUUCUCAGCUAGAAAUGGUUGAUUGAUGUUAACAUCAAUAUUUACUUUCACGAAAGCUUUGAUUUUCAAAAAUUAAAACUAUUAUUUAAAUAUUAUAAAAUGUAGUUAUUACUAAAUUUAGUUAUUGUUAUCAUCUAGUCAUUUUAUUUAAUUAAAUCUAAGCACUACGAGUGAACUAUUAAAAAUUUUCGUUUGCAUCUAUACUGUUUAGGUUUCGCAAUCGAGUUAUAUUGAUUUGGUUUUAAAAUAUUUAGUUUUUAUGUUCUUUAAAAUAUUUUAAUCUUAUUAUUCUGAAGGCAUCAUUUUUAUGGAUUAAAUGAAUUUUGCAAAUCUUAUUUAAAAAAAAAAAAAAUUACAAUGGACGGGCGCCCACCAACAUCUGCUGGUAAUCGGCCAGGCUCUGGUUUGAGACCAAUGUCUUCAAUGAGGAACUCAAGCAAUCUUACUUUACCUAGCCGUUCUGGUAUACCUGGGACUGCCAGUAGACUUAUCACUGCUUCAAAUAAUCGUCCUGGUACACGCAGUGGCUUUGCUCAUGGUGUUGGUGUGCUAUCUCACAUUAAUGUUGUUGAUCGCCCCAUGUCUCAGCAAGGUCUCGUAACACCUCGAACAGGAGUUCGUACUCUUCGUAGGCAGGUUCAAGACAAAUCUUAUUUCAUGGGUUUACUUCGCAGCAAAGUUAAUGAACUAAGUACAGAAAUCAAUCGAUUAAAUAAAGAGCUUGAUCUGCUGACCAAAGAACAAUCUACAUAUUUAACAUAUGAGAAAAGAGCUGAAGGUCAGGCACUUGAGCUAAAAAGUUUUCAAGGACAGUUAGCGGAUUAUAAUUUGUUAGUAGAUAAACUGAAUACAGAUGCGGAAAUGGCUGAUGUUCAACAAGAAUAUAAGGAGUUAAAAAUGCAAAAUGAAACUGAAGCCCAAGCAAUUGAUAGCUUAUUUGAGCAGCGACAGGAAAGGGAAGCUCAGUUAGCGCAGUUAGAAUCUGAAAUUACCCAAGAACGUUAUGUAGCCGAAAAUUUGACAUCUACCAUGUCGCCAGAAUUAAGGAAAGAGUACAAUGAGUUGAAAAAAACUGAUAAUGAUCUUCAAAGAUCUCUUGAAAAGCUUCAACAGGACUUAGAUCUUCUGAUUUCUCAAAAAAUGUCUCUUGAAGAAGAACUUUCCUUAUCACAGAUAAAGCAAGAAGCCCUGGCUCUAUAUAAUAAACUGAGAGAAGUGGAAGAAAAACGAGAUGCUCUCCUGUUAGAGGAAAAAAGUAAAGGAACGCCUGCUCAAGAGCGAGAAAAUCUUGUUCAACAAGUAAAAGAACAUAAUACGGAAAUAACAAGUAUUGAAAGGCAGUUGGCUGAAAUUCGAGAACUAAUAAGUCGUGGAAAAAAUGAGUUGGAGCAAAUUGAUCAAGAAUUGGAAGACAACCAAGGAGAGAGAAUUAGCAAGUAUCGAGAGCUUAAAAAGAGAGAAGAAACAAUGGAUAGCUUCCUAUCUACUUUUGAUGAAAAUCAAACUACUAGCAUUGAAAAAAAGAUUCAAUUAGAAAGUACAGUGGUAUCAUUGUUGGAAAAAUUAAGUCGAAAUAUAGGCCAUUUUCACCAUAUUCCUUCUCCCCAAGAGCUUGCACUGCUUAAAGAUGAUUUACAAUUUAAAGAAGGAGAAAUGGAAAAAUCCAGAAUGACUGUUAUGACUCUAAAUAAUGAGCAAAAGAAACUUGCAAUGGAUUUGACAAAGAUUGAACAAUUGGAAACAAAAAUUCAGCAGGAAUUGGAAACGUUGCAACAAAAAAUAACUUCAAUGGAAAAAGAGAUGAUUGUUUACUCUGAUCUGGGUGCUUUGAAAACCGCUGCUGAAGAAAAGAAAGAUAAGCUAAUUGAAGAAGAUAAAAUUUUAAAAAAGCAAAAAGAAUAUAGUAAAAAGGUAGUUGGAGAAAUAAAUACUCUUUAUGAGACACAGAAGAAUAAACUAAAUGACAAUGAAACUUAUACUCAGCUGUGUAAUCUUGAGAGACGAUGGCAGUAUCUGGAACAAAACAAUUUUGCCAUGCUGGACUUUAUUGCAUCUAAGAAAGCCCAAACAGAUUAUUCUAAAGGCAAACAAUGUGUUAAAGAAACAUUGGCUCUUUUAAAUGAUAUGUUGCAAGAGCCGGUGUUGCAGCGAUAAUUAUUGAGCUAUAAUAUAUAUAUACUCUUAGUAGAAACCAAAGAAUAUACGUAGGAGAAGAAGUCUAGCUUUCAUUGGCUUUAUGUAAAUCAGCCCCCUAAAGUUUGGUACGAUCCUUUGAAUAAAGGAAAAAACAACA